GAAGAGACAGCAAGGCACAGAAACUUCCUCCCAUGCAUUGGUGCUCCCAUACGGUGCCAGGGAUAGAACCCAGGCUGUAUGCAUAGCAAGGCAGGCAGGCACUCUACAGGGCUUCACCGCUACAGGAAGACUUUUCCAGAUUCAAAGAGACAGGCAGAGGAAAAGAAUACACAGCACUGAAGCUUUAGAAGAUACAUUUCUCAGAAGGGCCUCUGUCUCCGUUGAAACCUUGUUGCCCUUGUGGGAGGGGGUCGCCCCAGUUCCAGAGAUCCCCGGUUGGUCUAUGACCCACAAAUUCCUCAAGAGGGUGGACCCCAGGAACUAUACUCUGGGUGCCGGAGAUGGGCUCCCAGCCCUCGCGGCAGCAGCUGCCCCCGGAGCCCCCCUUCGCCCUGGACUUGCUGCCCCCGGAGCUGCUGGUGCAGGUGCUGAGCCACGUGCCGCCGCGCGCGCUGGUGACCCGCUGCCGCGCCGUGUGCCGCGCCUGGCGGGACGUGGUGGACGGACCGUCCGUGUGGCUGCUGCAGCUGGCCCGCGACCGCAGCGCCCAGGGCCGCGCGCUCUACGCCAUGGCCAAGCGCUGCCCGCCUGGCAGCGAGGACGAGGAGGAGUUCCCGCUCUGCGCCCUAGCGCGCUGCUGCCUGCGCGAGCCUCUGCGCCGUAACCUCAUCUUCAAUUCCUGCGGAGAGCAGGGCUUCCGAGGCUGGGAGGUGGAGCAUGGCGGGAAUGGAUGGGCCGUGGAAAAGAAUGUAAUACUGGUGCCUGGGGCUCCUUCCCAGACCUGCUUUAUAACAUCUUUUGAAUGGUGCUUCAAGAGGCAGCUGGUGGACUUGGUGAUGGAGGGGGUGUGGCAGGAGCUGCUGGACAGUGCCCAGAUCGAGAUCUGUGUGACCGACUGGUGGGGUGCCCGGAAGAACUGUGGCUGCAUCUACCGGCUCCGGGUCCGCCUCCUGGACACGUACGAAAACGAAGUGGUCAAGUUCUCAGCGUCACCCAACCCGGUCCUUCAGUGGACUGAGAGAGGCUGCAGACAGGUCUCCCAUGUCUUCACCAACUUUGGCAAGGGCAUCCGCUAUGUGUCUUUUGAGCAGUAUGGAAGAGACACACGCUCUUGGGUGGGACACUACGGUGCUCUGGUGACCCACUCCAGUGUGAAGGUCAGGAUCCGUGUGUCCUAGCCAGAGCCAUGCAGUCUUCCAGGAUGAACUGCCAUCUGCCAGCCAUCAUCGAUCCAGGGUGGCUUUGGGGCAUCAGAGGAGGCCCCACGGAUAGCGAGGGGCCCAUGUGGCCUGUUCUGGGUGGUCAUGUCUCCCAUUCAUCCUGCUGCUACUUCAGCAUGGUGGUCCUCAUGCUAUGUGACAAGCAAGGGAUCCAGACAUUUUGUCGUCAGCUUCCAGGGUGUGUGUGUGUGUGUGUGUGUGUGUGUGUGUGUGUGUGUGUAAGGGGUCAACAUAACCAGGAAGCAUUCAUUUUGCUGGCAGACCACCUUCUCACACACAUGUCACUGGCAGACUAAGCAUGAGAUGAAGGGGAAACCUGGCUUUCUGGUGGAAGGCAAAGCUGCACAGUCUGGAACAGUCUGCAUGUCCCCUCCAGGGGAACCACAGGGGUGGAACAUCAAAGGAAAGCAGGUCUGGUGUUUGGGGAGUUUCCAGGAUUUCCCCAAGAGGAAGUCAUGAGACCUACACUGGUAUCAUCCAUUAGCUUUUUUGGGCCAGACUGAUGCUGUUCCUUUCAUUGUUUCUAAAAGCAGGCGGUGGCUGAGCCCACAAUGUGUCCCCCCACAGCCACCUCCUUUGGGGUGACACUGUCCUCUCUGCACAUUCAAGCCCAUGUGCACAGGGAUAGAGCAGGCUGAGGGCAUGAGGGCAGCUCUCCUGCCCCUCAGUGCCUCCCUCACUGAGCGUAGCCACCAAACUAGCUCAAUAAAACUGGUGCUAAAUGUGUGA